AUGCUCCGAGUUAUAGGCACUGUAUCGAGACUCAGGGUCCCGUCCUGUAGAACCGGACUUGUAAGACUCUACUCUUCCAACAUCGAUGACUUCAAUAAAAAUAAAAAGUCAUACUCUUAUGGGUUAGACUUUAAUAACCUGAAGAGAUUUGAGCAAGAGACUCAUGAAGAAGGUGGCCCCCUUGAUGUUAAUGCCAUGCUUGAAAGGGACCCUUCUCUCCAAGGGUUACAUCCAGGCACACCAGAGUAUAAGGAACAACUCUUCAAUCUCCAUGAAGCCCAUGAAGAACGGAGUAGACGUCAACAGAAAAAUCAAGAGUCCAGGGAAAGAUGGAAGGCCGUUGGGCUUGGGUUUGGACUUAUGAUCAGUUUGGCUGGUGCUCAUCAACUUUUUAUGAAUUAUGAGUACUUCACCAAUUGGUUGACUCAUGAAAGAACUUAUAAACUUGACCAAGCCAAGAUUGACAGUGUUAGUAAUCUUUCUGAUCCAACGAAGAAUAAGAACAAUUUCUCCAACGUGGUGGGUAGAUUCACAGAGGGGUUGACCCCGGAGAUUGUAGACGGGUUGAAGCCUCUGGAUUCGACCCCUGGUUUGUAUCUUUUUGGAGGUAAAGGUCGUGGGAAAUUUCCUCUCAGAGUACCAUUUUUCGAUGGGAUGUUGAUUAGAGACGUUCAAUUGAGAGACGACUACAUGGCAGUUAUUACCGAGAAGAAUGAGUUGUAUCAACUUUACCAAGGUGUAUCUCAACCGGUUAAGGCUCCAAAGCUUCCUUACAAGGCUGUCAGUUGCCAGAUCACUGACGAUUACUUGUAUUUAUUAGGUCAAAACGGACAAGUUUUCUACACUCCAAGAGGUGACAAAAAGGUGGCCACUUUUGAAGGAUAUCUGUACCGUAAUUGGUUAGGAUUAUCCAGAAAGUCCCAAACUUAUGGUAAAUUAAACAUCAAUGAAAGGGUGAAGUCUCUUUCUGCUGGUGAUUGUCAUGUGCUACUUUUAACUGAAUCGGGGAAGCUUUUUGCCACUGCCACUAAUGGCUCUCCAGAUCAUAACUUUGGUCAACUUGGUGUACCUAAGUACUCGCCAUACGCAUCACCACAAGUGUCUAUCCCAAUCAACGAAGCGUUUGAAUUGACUGGAUUGAACAAUGAAGUAGUUGGUGGCAAGUCCGACCGUACUGUUAGCCCUAGAGUAUUCACACACAUAACUACUGGGAAAUACCACAACUUGGUUUCUGAUAUUUCUGGAAAUGUUUGGAGUUGGGGUAGAAAUACCUUUGGUGAAUGUGGAACUGAGAUCAGUUACAAGACUGAUAUUCAAUCUGUCCCAAGUGUAGCUCUCCCAGUGGAUAAUUAUUACUCUUUGACAAAGCAUUUACUCCCAGAAACUAAGCGUGGAGUUAACAACUGGCAAGUUGAAGGAUUAUACUCUGGAGCUGAAGUAUCUUAUAUCAAAUUACAUUACCAUGAUGCUACCGCACCAGCAACCUCCAAGACUCUUGAACAAGAUGUGUUGUUGAGUUUUGGUAAUGGGGUUAAGGGACAACUUGGUAUUAAUAGAUACCUUCAUGUUUGUCCUACACCUCAAGUGUUGAAAUCCUUGUUAAACAUCUCUGAGUUUGAUGAGAAGAAAAACAAGGUUGUAAAUAUUGGAGUGAAAGAUGUAGUGGCUGGUAAUGAGCAUGCAUUUGUCACUUUGGCCACUGCUAAUGCCUCGGAUGUCUUAUGUUUCGGUGAUAAUGAAUAUGGACAAUUAGGUAAUGGGAAAUAUGUGAAGAAUGCAAAGCCAUCGCAAAUGCCACAACUCAUUGAACCAGAAGAAUUACAAGGAGUGAAAGACAUGAAGAAGGCUAAAAAGCAAUUAACCAAGAGAUUAUUAGAUGUGAACACAAGAAGAUUCCAAUUGAUUGAAGACAAGAAAUGGGAACAAGUUAUUGCAGCUGGAGAAAAUUGUUCAGCCAUUUAUUAUAAGAAGAAAUAG